AUGAACGUACCAAAGUCUUCAGCUCUUCCAACUUCGACAACCACAUUGCCAUCAUUAUCAACACUCUGUACAACAUAUCUCUGCAACAACAACAACAACAACAACAAUGAAAACAAUAAUAACAACAAUAAUAGUAUUAAUAAUAAUAACAACAUCAACUCCAACAACAUAAGCAUGACAACAACUACUACAGACAACAUCCUCGUCAACAACAACAACACUAAUAACAACAACAUGACAACAACUACUACAAACAACAUCCACAUCAACAACAACAUUGCCGUAACAUCGGCAGAAGGCUACAACAACACACCAAAGACAGUCAUGAACCUAUCAAACAACGCUAGCAACUAUAACUUGAUUCCUCUAGUAACAAUUCCGAUCGUUCUUGCUCUUGUUGCAACCGUUGUUCUUGUUGUCUGUUGUUGCAGAAAAUCCAGAUUAAACAAGGUCAAAUCCCGUGACAGGCUACGUUCAAAGGGGUCCAACGCAUCCAACUUAACAGCCGUCACUUCUCUGGCGGACACACCGGGCCCUACCCCCAUGACACCCAGCGAACUUUUCGGUAAUAAAACUGGCACGACUCUGGCUUCUAACGAGUUGUUUAACAGUUCGAAUGGGGCUAGAAAACACCGACACGUCGGUUCAAUUGGCGACUCAAAUAACGAUAGAACGACGAUUGUUCUGGAUGGAAACAACCAUAAUACUGACUCUAAUUAUAAUAAUAAUAAUGAUAAUAAUAAUAAUAAUAAUGCUGAUGAUGGCGUCUUCUAUGAUGAUGUCGAUGGUUUAUACGAUGAUAAUAAUAUUCGUAAUAAAGAUAAUAACAAUGGCGGUAAUGGCAAUAUGAUUUUAGAGAUUAAAACCAUGUUGGAUACUGUCAUAGGUCUGUUCGAUAGCCAGUUGAAGUUGGAAAGUUUGAGGCAUGAAGUUAUGGGUGGCCAAUGGUGUUUGAAAACAUCAGAAAAAUUGACAAAUAAAUAUAAACCACCACGACUACAACAACAAAUUAUUCAAUCUUUAAGUUUUCCUCAAUUUUUUCAAAAAUCUUUGAAAAUUUUGAAUUCAUCAAACGCAAGUUCAAAGCUGAAAACAAAAUUUUUCUCAUUCCAAUUGUGUGCUUCGUGUCCAGAUAAGCAGCAACUAAGCAGCAGCAACAGCAGUUUCUACACGAUCAGGAACGAACUCCAUCAUACAGACAACUUCAACUACACCUUGCAGAUAUACGCUUACAGCCACAAAAACAUCAAUAACAACAGCAACACAACAUUAAUCGGGUUUUGUCUCGGUAGCGUCGGUUUCAUCGGUAACGAGUCGAAUGUUGACGAUGCCAGGACACCGAUCCCUGUCAUGCCAUCACUGAUGACGGAGGCAUCAGACUCACGUAUUCAUUUGGUCGUAUGGGUCUCACUGAUUUCGGCCCUGGUUCUCUGCGGGAUAGUCGCAUUGGUUGCUGUCAUGCUCUACAAGAAAAAACUGAAAAAGCGGGGCAUGGAAAGAUUUACAAACCAGGUUUCGACGUGUUCGAAAACAACUCAGGACAGUUACUUACCAGAAGACGAACCAACAACACCUCCAUCGGCAACAUCGCCAGCAACUUCCAUCAUCAUUCAACUCGAGGAUGACGUCAUCUAUCGUGAUUACGACAACAAAAAAGAUGAUGACGACGACGAUAAUGUUUCCACUGAUAACAGCGAUGACGACAAAAGGAAAUAUGAUAAUGGUAUCGACUACGUUCGCAGCUAUGACGAGGCUGAUACAAAUGUAAGCACAGCUGAAACAGCUUCCAUAAGUCAGAAAAAUAUUACCGAGAAAAAGAGUUCUGUGAGAAAAAAAUUUGCUGUUUUAUUUAGGAACAAAAAAAUCAACGGCCAAACAAUUUCUAAAAACAGCAACAACAAUAAUAAUGUCAACAACAUCAACAACAUCAACACUACCAACGACAACGCACGACUAUCGGACUAUGAACCGCUCAAAAUCGACGACGAAGUAGCCGACCAAAAAACUUACCACAAAUUUAAACACGUCAAAAACGACGAUGACGUCAUUAUCGGUAAUGAGGAUAAUAAUGAUGAUGGUGGUGAAGUUAAAGACCUUGGCAAAGGAUUAAACGGACACAUUUUAUUCGUUGAUAAUAAAGUUUUAGGCUCUAACACACACAACAACACAAACACACAAAACAACAUCGUAACUUUACUAGAAGGUAUCACGUGCGCUGAGUCGAGCACAGACAUGACUUUGAGAAAAUAUCCCAUAACCUAA